CACAGCCCUUCGGUGGGGUUUGCCUUCCAUCCACCUGCAGGGACUUCACCCACUGCCUCGUCAGGCUCUCCUCCACUCCCAUUCGUCUUUUAACCUGAACGAGCAAAUAUGGCUCCUUUUGAGAAAUCCAUGGAAAUGAUGACCUUCAAGCAGAGGAAAUGCCUCGCAACAAGGAAAAAUGAAGUAUGCAGCAUCCGGUCUAAAUUCCCAAAUAAGUUACCCGUGAUUGUCGAGCGGUAUAUCCGGGAGAAGACUCUACCCCUGCUGGACAAAACAAAGUUUUUGGUUCCUUUUGAGCUCACGCUGGGUCAGUUCCUCUGCUUGCUCAGGAAUAAAAUUGAGCUGGACUCUUCCCAGUCUUUGUUCCUCCUGGUGGCAGACAAAACCAUGUCCUGCAUGUCAUCCAGUAUGGGGGACGUGUAUUCUCGAUACAGAGAUGCUGACGGCUUCCUCUACAUCACGUACGCAUCGCAGGAGAUGUUUGGAGCUCCUCAGCCAGCAGCCAGGCCGCCCUGCUGAUUUAGACACUGUGAACAUGAACUGAAUCCUGGCCACACGUGGCUGCACUCAAGAUGGAGAAAAAAACGAACAACAUGAGCCAAAAGAGAAGUUUUUUUUCCAGCUUUGUUGCUUCCAUAAGGCUCCUUCUCUUGUUGCAGCUAACACUGUCUGGACUUUCAAAUCCCAAAAUGAGUGAGGACAAGUUUGCACCGAUGGAGGGUUUUACUUUUAACUGAUUUGUUGUUUGAUUGAAAUUGUUGUUGGAUUUUUUUUAAAUCAACACCGUCCACAAUUUUGAAAAUUUUACAAACCGCAAACAUUUCAGUCACACUUUAAAUUUUAUUUGUUUUCAGACCUAAAUUCUCAGGAUAUCAAUGUAUUUUUUCCAUUUAAGCACUUUUUCCCCCACUUUCACUACAUGAACAGUUUGAACUUUUUUGCACAAACUCUUGUUUACAGAAAACUGCUUUGGUGCUUUCUGUGUUAAAGAUGCCAACAAAUAAAGUUCUCACUUUUUCUUAUAA